AUGCUGGAUGUGGAUCGGGAAGUAGUAACUAGCAGAAAACUUGCGGGAGUGUCUGCGGGGGUGCAGUCGUGGGCGGUUUUUCCACAUGUGGCACUUGUCUGCAAUCGUGCUAUGCUGGAUGUGGAUCAGGAAGCUGUAACUGUCAGAAAACUUGUGGCAGCGUCUGCGGAGGCGGUGUGGCACUGACGCCUUCAUGUGGCACUUGUCUACAAUCAUGCUAUGCUGGAUGUGGAUCGGGAAGCUGCAACUGCCAGAAGACCUGCGGUGGCGUGUGCGGAGGCGGAGCAGUGGUCGUCGGUGGCUAUGCUUCUUGUAGCACUUGUCUACAGUCGUGCUAUGCUGGAUGUGGAUCAGAAAGCUGUAACUGUCAGAAGACCUGCGGUGGCUCCUCAUGUGGCACUUGUCUACAAUCGUGCUAUGCUGGAUGUGGAUCGGGAAGUUGUAACUGUCAGAAAACUUGUGGGAGUGUCUGCGGGGGUGCAGUCGUGGGCGGUUUUACCACAUGUGGCACUUGUCUACAAUCGUGCUAUGCUGGAUGUGGGUCGGGAAGUUGUAACUGUCAGAAAACUUGUGGGAGUGUCUGCGGGGGUGCAGUCGUGGGCGGUUUUUCCUCAUGUGGCACUUGUCUACAGUCAUGCUAUGCUGGAUGUGGAUCAGGAAGUUGUAACUGUCAGAAAACUUGUGGAAGUGUCUGCAGUGGUGCAGUUGUGAGCGGUUAUGUAAGUUAUAAGCAGUGUUCUGGGACGAUUUCGUAA